UGUAUGCACAGUCAGCUGUUCGCUUGUCCACACGUGUUGACAUUUUUGUUGGGUCGACUCAUUUGUGCGAAAUUACUAAUUUACUUUCUAAUUACCGCAACUUCAAAUUAACGUCGAUAAGUAAAGUUUAUAGUGAUUAUUUCAUAUUUUUUCAACUCCCAACACAUACAAAUAUCAAAUAUGCGUGAAAAUACACCACCACGCGUGAACGACAUUGAAGAUGAUGAUAUCGAGGAAAUACAUUUUGACAACGAUGUUGCGCCCGAUGAUGAGGAAUUGGAAAUGGAAGAAAUUACUAUGGAAGAGUUAGAGGCACGUUAUGGUUUUCUAUCGGAUGUUGAUGAAGAUAACGAUGAUAGCGUUUAUCGGCCACCAGAACGUGAUGACGCCAUACUCACAUUCAUGAAACACAAAUCGGCCAUUUUUGGUUGUUCUUUGCAUCCGAAUCGUCCGAUUGCCGCUACUGGCGGUGAAGAUGAUCGUGCAUACGUUUGGAAUGUGAAUACAUGCGAAUUGCUGUACGAAAUUACAGACCAUAAAGACACCGUCACCGAUGUUUACUUCAGCCACGAUGGUGCAUAUCUAGCCACUGGUGAUAUGGCCGGCGAAUUAUUCGUACACAAACUGCAAGAAAACGAGUCUGGUGCUGCGUUCACAUUCCGUAAAGUGUGGGAAUAUUCGAUGGGUGAUAUGACAUGGAUGUGUUGGCAUCGUUCGGCCAAUGUUCUUAUGGCUGGCAGUGAAAAUGGUGAAGUUUACAUCUGGCGUAUACCGUCGGGUGAUUGUAAAAUACUGCCUGGUGAGGGUGUACGGUGUAGUGUUGGUGAAUUGACAGGUGAUGGUAAAAAACUAUUUGUUGGCUAUACAAAUGGUGUUGUGAAAUUAUGGGAUCUAAAGAGUUGCACAGUUGUUAUGCAAGUGGAUGAGCAAAAUUCCAUGGCGCAGCAAUCGAUAGUUUUAUCUGUGGCGUGUGAUAAAGAAUCGCCUUUCUAUGCGUCGGGAGCUUUAGAUGGAAAAAUUAUAUUUUGCACAAAUAAUGGACCUGUAGGCGCUGUCGAGGCGGAUGGUUCAGUUGAAUGCAUAGCAUUUCCGCCAUCUAAUGAACUGAAAAUUGUAGCCAGCGGCACUUUGCAAGGACAAAUUGCUAUUUGGGAUUACACAAAAUAUGGACUGCGCACGUUAUGCGAUCAUAAGUUUGUGGAGGGCGAUGAAACUAACAAAUUUCAAGGUGGCAUUACGAGACUCAAGUGGAUCAGUGAUCAUACACUCGUUGCUGCUACAAUGGAUGGUAAUGUUAUUGGGUUUGAUGCGCGUUCUGGUGCACGUAAAUUCACACUCGAAGGUCAUAUGGCGGAGAUCUAUGAAAUGUGUUAUAAUCCACAUGAAAACAUCCUGCUGACAGUAUCAGAAGAUCGCCGUGCGAAAAUCUUUAAUCUACCACAGCUGGGUGAUUAGUUUUCCUCAUCACACAAAUUUCUGUAUUCUUUAAUACAACAAAAAGAUAUCAUACAAUGCAGCAGCGCAGCAUGUGCAUGGAUUGUGAAGAGUAUACUAAUAUAAAUAUAUAUGUAGCAUAUUUGUGAAAUGUUUAUAAAAAUUUUAGUUGAAUAUAAGUUUUUUUUCUAUGAGACUAUAUACAUACAUAUGUACGAGAAGUAUAUUAAUUAUUGCUGUUUACUUGCUAAUAGUAUGUAACUUUGUAUUUUUUUUUUAUAAAAUAUUGCUUUUAAAAUUGUUUACAUUCUUGCUCUUUCAAAUCAUAUACCGUUAGUACUAUGUAUGUAUCGCUACUUACAUUAAAGAAAAUUGGAAUUAUAUGUACAUACAUAUAUGUAAAAUAUACAUGCUAUUGGUAAAUACUCUAGUAUAAAGCAUAUAAUGCAAUGAAUUUAAGACAAACACAUACAUACGUACAUAUUUAAGAAAGAUAUAAAUGAAAGUCAAUCAAACGAGCAAA